AUGUACGGAGGCUUAAUGGAUGUACUGAACGAUGUAAUUCGGGACGCUUUGUUCGAGGUUGUGGGCGAUUUGUUGAGAACCGACAAUUUUCGAGUUCGCAUUGAGCCUGGAUCAAAAAAUGGGAAUCGUAAUCCAAAAAUGAUGUAUUUUUAUCGGGUUCUACCGUAUUUCCGUGAGUUUCAAGUGUCACGAAACAUAAUCGUUAGCACCGAUGGAUUUUUCGAAUACACUCAGUGCUAUAAAUCACUUGAUGACGCGCCAUUCGAGUGUUUGUUUCUUCAAGAUGUGUCGGAAAAAGGUUACGAAAUGAUAAACAAAGACGAUUUGACUGUUGAACAUGUUCUUUUGGUGAUAAAAGCACUUGGCGAAUUCCACGCAGUUUCGCUUGCAUUGAAAGAUCAACAACCCGAUAAAUUUCGGCACAUUGUCAACGGACUGCGUGAGCAACAUUUCAAAAAUGGUUAUAAUCCAGACUUGGAAUUAUUUUGUAAUAAUGGUGCCAUGACCAUAGUCAAUGCCAUCACUGAUGAUAGUGACGUUCACCUUUUGGAAGCGUUGCUUAAGUUGUACGAACAAAAUCAGUUUGACACUCUGUUGAAUUGUGUUGACGGAAAUGAGGCUGAACCAUAUUCAGUGAUAAUACAUGGUGAUAUUUGGUCAAACAAUGCGAUGUUCAAGUUAAACAACAAAAAACAACCCCGGAAAACAUGUCUUAUCGAUUGUCACGUAAAAUUUUUUCCAUACAGUGCAUUACAAGAUCAGCUGCGAAAGUUUGGAAAAUUUGGCUUGGCAAAUGCUUCAAUCUUAUUGCCUAUCAUGGCAAUGGAGGUUGAUUUAUCUACAAAUGGGCCAAACAAUGGUAGAAAACGAAAAAACAGAGAAACAUGCCACCAAAUUAUCCGACGCAUUUAA